AUGCCCGACACCCCUAACCCAUUUACGUCUUGCCUAAACCUUUUUCCCCCUUUCCCACUACCUUCAUUUUACGCACUCGAACCCAGCCGACCAAAACCCGAAAUUCCACUUAAAUCACCUAUCUUUCUUUCCCCUCUUCCUUUCAUUUUUGUCUCUCCGUUUUACCUUAACUUCUUUCUUUCUUUCUUUCUUUCUUUUUUCUUUCUUUCUUUGAAUAAAGCUCAUAUCUUUCCUUUGUCUCUUACUUUUUUACCUCAUUUUCUUUCUUUCUCUUUCUUUCUUUCUUUCUUUCUUUUUUCUUUCUUUCUUUCUUUCUUUCUUUCUUUGAAUAAAGCUCCUGUCUUCCUUUCGCUUCUACCCUCAUAUCUUCCCUUUGCCUCUUCCUUUUACUUUUGCUUCUCCUUUUUUUUUACCUCAUCUUCUAUCUCUUUCUUUCUUUCUUUCUUUCUUUCUUUCGAUAAAGCUCGUAUCUUCCCUUUGCCUCUUCCUUUUACUUUUGCCUCUCCUUUUUUUUUACCUCAUCUUCUAUCUCUUUCUUUCUUUCUUGCUUUCUUUCUUUCUUUCUUUCUUUCGAUAAAGCUCAUAUCUUCCCUUUGCCUCUUCCUUUUACUUUUGCUUCUCCUUUUUUUUACCUCAUCUUCUAUCUCUUUCUUUCUUUCUUUCUUUCUUUCUUUCUUUCUUUCUUUCGAUAAAGCUCAUAUCUUCCCUUUGCCUCUUCCUUUUACUUUUGCUUCUCCUUUUUUUUUACCUCAUCUUCUAUCUCUUUCUUUCUUUCUUUCUUUCUUUCUUUCUUUCGAUAAAGCUCAUAUCUUCCCUUUGCCUCUUCCUUUUACUUUUGCCUCUCCUUUUUUUUUACCUCAUCUUCUAUCUCUUUCUUUCUUGCUUGCUUUCUUCUUUCUUUCUUUCUUUCGAUAA